ACACCUAGGAUUUCAUCUGCUAAUACAGGAGUGGAAGUGACAGAACAAUUUGAAUCUGGUGUCUACAUAACUCUAGUUCAACUACUAAACGGCACCAAAAUUUUCAGACGUGUCAGAUUUAGUAAAAGAAAAUUUGAUGGGCAACAAGCAGCAGAGUGGUGGAAGGAGAACAGUCAUAGAGUGUUUAUGAAGUACAAGAAUCUUGGGGGUGACAUCACUCAAAUUGGAUCCUCUAGCAAUGGGAAAACUGCUGAGCAAGAAGAUUUGGCGAGGCAUUCAGUAAACACAAAAGCUGCUGAGGAAGAAGAGCCAGGCACGCCUUCUGCCAAUGCAAAAACGGCACAGGAAGAAGAGCCAGGGACACCUUCUGCAGACAGGAAAACUACCAAAGAAGAAGAGCCCUCUGCAAAUGCUACAAAUGAGGAAGAAGAGCCAGGGACACCUGCAGCAGGCAGAAAAACUACCGAGGAAGAAGAUCCUUCUGCAAAUGCAACAAAUGCCGAGGAGGAAGUGGUCGACAAGCCUUUGACUGAUGAAACAACUGCUAAAGAAGAAGAAGAAGCAACAACACCUUCUGCCAAUGCCACCGGUGAUGAAGAAGAGGCAGCGCCAACUUCUGACAAGGAAACAGGUGACGAGGAAAAAGAGCCUGCGCCACCUCCUGGAGCCUAG